GAUAUUCACGGGACAGUGGUGAUGAUAGUGGCUAGCUACUGCAGCUGCCUCCUUGGGGGAGUGUGAAGCAUACGGUUAUUGAUAUGAAGUCACUCAACGGUGCACCAACUAUGAGCAAUCGGACAGUAGUCUUAGUUUAAUCGACGCAAGUCCCUGUUGGGUUUCAUCAUUUUUUCGAGCAGAUACCUAGCAAUAAGACAGUGUGGGACAGUAACAUUCACCGCUGUCGCUAGCAGGCUAGUCUAGCAAGCUACAAGCUGACAUAUCAGUCGAACCCUGUUAAGAUAGCUCGCUAACAUUAGCUAGCUCAAACGAACGUCAGGGCAGCUAUGUUUGUACAAGAGGAAAAGAUCUUUGCUGGGAAAGUUUUAAAGAUUCAUAUAUGCACCAUGGAGGGUGUGGAAUGGCUGGAGGAAGUUACAGAAGAUACCACUAUUGAAAAACUUAAAGAAAGGUGCUUGAAACACUGUGUUCAUGGAAGUCUGGAAGAUCCAAAGGUUCUCACACACCAUAAACUUAUUCACGCAGCAUCAGAAAGGGUUCUUUCUGAAACCAAAACAGUAGCUGAUGAGAACCUUAAAGAAAAAGAUGUGCUUUUGUUAAUUAAAAAAAGACCACCUCCACCGCCACCCAAAAUGGUAGACAUUGCAGCUGAGGAGAAGAAGAAGCAAGAAAGUAAGGCCCCAGACAAAGAUGCCAUUCUUAAAGCCACAGCUAACCUAUCUACUCGACACACAGACCGCACAGUAACUCAGCACAAUAUUCGGGAUUUUCAGACAGAGCUAAGGAAGAUCCUUGUAUCACUCAUUGAAGUGGCACAGAAACUCCUUGCUUUGAAUCCAGAUGCAGUUGAGCUUUUCAAGAAGGCCAAUGCCAUGUUGGAUGAGGACGAGGAGGACCGGGUGGAUGAGACAGCCUUGCAACAGCUCACUGAAAUGGGCUUCCCUGAGAGCAGAGCAGUCAAGGCCCUCCGCCUAAACCACAUGUCAGUAACCCAGGCCAUGGAAUGGCUAAUUGAGCACGUGGAUGACCCCACUGCUGAUGCCCCUCUGGUGAACCAGGAGGCCUCGGGGGCGUCCGCUGCUGCUGCUGCUGCUGCUGCUGCUUCUGCUGCUUCUGUUGCUGCUUCGGUGUCAGGCGCCACAGCCUCGGGACCUCUCUCCCGGAUCUCUGAGCCUUCCAGCACAGAGGAGGCCAAACAAGACGAGCUCACUGAGAUCUUCAAGAGGAUCCGACGGAAACGAGAGUUCCGACCAGACUCACGGGCUGUCAUUGCACUGAUGGAGAUGGGCUUUGAUGAAAAGGAAGUGGUCGAUGCCCUUCGGGUCAAUAAUAACCAGCAGGACGCUGCGUGUGAGUGGUUGCUUGGGGACCGGAAGCCUUCGCCAGAGGACCUGGACAAGGGAAUUGAUACCAACAGCCCUCUGUUUCAAGCCAUACUUGAAAACCCUGUGGUCCAGCUUGGCUUAACGAAUCCAAAAACUUUGUUAGCUUUCGAGGACAUGCUGGAGAAUCCACUGAACAGCACGCAGUGGAUGAAUGACCCAGAGACGGGGCCGGUGAUGCUUCAGAUCUCCCGAAUCUUUCAAACACUCAACCGCACAUGAAGGCAUACCUCAGCGCGGGUGUGCGGGGAUGGCAGGAGGAUCUGUAUGCCCUAAAGAGUCACAGGAGGGGAUGAAUGUAACAGUAAUAAUGAGAUAAAGUUGCAUAGUCCACAGAGAUUCUGCACACGUCCUUCACAUUUUGUUUUUUAUAUGUGUGUGUGUGUGUGUAUAUGUGUAUGUAUGUAUAUAUAUAUAUAUAUAUAUAUAUAUAUAUAUAUUUAAAAGAAAAAAGAUCUGUUACUGUGUGUGAGUAUGUUUGCGCGUGUGAGAGAGUCAAAGAUAUUGUUGCUGUCAGAUGAAAACGCCAAAUUUCCCAUUUCAGCUGUUUGGUUUUUCCAGAAGUGUAUUCGGUCUUAUUUAUUUGUUUUAAUUAAUUAAUUUAGUAGUAUAGUAUGCCCCCCUGCCUUGUCAGCUAUGCGCUCAAAAGUCAUUUAAAUUUUAUCAAAAGAAGCUGUAUUAGAGGUUCAAUUAUAAGUCAAAGUAGCCUGUUAACACUGAUGUCCAGGGCAGUUUCUAGUGACCAAUUACUGUAUGUCUUAUAAUGAGAGGUUACACAGUCAUCACUGUAGUGCAGUUUUAUUUGUGUCUGUUAAUCCUUAAAGGUGUGGGUUUUUGAACAUUCUAACAUAAGAUUCCGUUCCGCAAUUUAAAUUCUUUAGAGCGUUCAUUUUCCAACAUUCCCGUCACACCGGUCUGACGGUACACCUUUAAGGUUUAAGUAUGCCUGCUACUAUGUAUUUAUAUUUAUUUAGCAAACACUUUUAUUCAAAUAAACUUUCACUACAUGGAAGGCACACAUUUUAUCAGUAUGCCUGCUCCUUAAGGGAAAACCUUCUGACCGUGCUGGCGCUUCACUCUGCCAGCUUCAGGGACACGUAUGCAUAACACCAUAUACACUAUACAUUGUAAAUGUUUUCUAAAGAUCAAAUCGCAUACUUCAGCUCUCAUCAACAUAUCAUUCUGAUCUGUAAUCUAUUCUUGGCUUGUCCAUUUAGACUGUAGUGAGAUUGAAAUGACACUGGUAGAAGUGAGCUGGAAACUUCCUGGACAUCAGAAUAUGGGGACAUUUUUACUAGGUUACAAGGGCUAUAUGUGAAAUGAAAUCAUUCCACUAAGUGUAUUUGUAGUAUGAGCAUAUGAAAAGACUUUAUAUGCAUACAUAUGACAUGGUUUUCAUAUAAAGAUCAAUAUAAAGUGAUCAGCUUUGUGCUGUAGAAGGUACAGCUCACUCAGUUGUGUGGUAACAGCACAUUUCAUGGACAAUAUUAUUUUGCAAAGUAGAAAUGGUUUAAUUACAUUUAUCCAUGCUUUUUAAAAAACAAAUAUUAUGGUGAUUGUAACAUUGUGUUACAAUAUUGAUAUGGAUGUUUUCUUCUGACAGCAGCGUAUUAUUUUAACCCCAUUCAUGUUUACACCUUCAAAAAGCUGUUUUUGUCUGUAGCGAUAAUAAACACCACAUUUCUAAUUCAUAAGUAAAGGCUGACCCUACACUGUGCUAGGUUAAUCAAGAGCACUGCUUAGUUUGAACAUUGUUUUGUUACUCUGGAACAUUUCAGAAAUGUUUUGUGAACACUAUUAGCCUUGAACUUUCACCCAAGCUUAACAAAAACAUAGUUUUUAUGGCAGAGAAACUAUUGGCAGAUCCCUUUUUUACACUUCUAAAUAAAGUUUAGUGUCAGGUGAUGUGUUUUACAUAUCAAUAUAUUGCGAAAAAUACGUAAGCUUUUUAGUCAGAAUAUUAUGAAAUUAGAUGGUUUCAAAGUCAUGCCUCUUCUAAGGAUAGUUUUAGUAUGUGUGAUCUUAGUGUUGGUUAUUUAAAGUAAGAGAAUGAAAAAGCAAGAGUAUUACGAUAGAUUUCCUUUUUUUCCCCAGGAACCUCUGUUUGCUUGGCCAUAGAUGAGGCUUUGGUUCAUUUGAGGUUCACACAUUCAUGAAUCAAUUCAUUGAAAUGUAAGGAUGAUUGACAUUGAGUAGAUGCUUUACUUUGUGAAGUGACAUUAGGUGGUUGUUCGUGUCAUCUCUCAAGGUGUCAGGGGGGAAAAUGGACAAUUGCUUUAAGUAAUGGAAUAGAAAAGGAACCGACUGCAGUGCUAAGGUGCUGGUUUUGAGUGGACUGGCGUCAGGCUCAGGCUGUAGUCUUUAGGAACUCUGUGGACUUAUCUGUAUGAUGAAGGAACUUCUUAUUUGUUUCAUGGUGUGAUUCAUAAUGCUUUAUAGUGUAACUUUUUAAACACAAACUGAAAGUGGAAGAGCUUUGUGAGGCCUUACAACUGAUUAUAUUGAUGGCUUGCCGUUAUAUCAGGCAACAGAGCAUAUGAAAAGCCUUUACUAUGGUAACCACUUACCUUGCCUUUAUAGAAACGUGAUCCAUGACUUGUCCUUGUGUGUCUAGUAUUCUGUUUUAUGUCAGUCAUGAUGUAUUAUGGUAUUUAUUUGUAACUUGUCCAGAAUGUCCAUCAUAUUGUUUCUCAUGGCACUUCAUCACUGACAUCACCGUUUGCUGCUGAUAAAGGAUCAUAAUUCACCUAUGAAUAAUGCUCACAAGCUGAGUAGUGUACAGGGUGUUAAUAUUGGCUUUUGGAGAUUGGAAUAGAGCAUUAAAGCUUGGUUUCAAUGAUAAUUUACUUAAUAUAUGUGGUGUGUACCUACUAGACUUUCAGGUUCACUCAGUGUACUGUCAAAUAAUACUUGUUUGCAUGUUGUCCAAAGCUUAGUAUUUAUACAAGUUAAACGAAAGGAAGUCAUAUUAUAUAAUGUGUGUGUGGGUUUCUUUUUUUAUUUUUAAAUUUAAAAGAAAUUGUUCAAGUCAACAGAGGUGCUCUUAUGCAGAAUUAACAAAAGAGUUUGGUUGGAUGUUAGAAGAAUUCAAUAUUUAUGUAUAUUUGCACAGUGAAGAACAAUUUCGAUGUGAACAUUUUAAAGUCUGAAAAUUAUAUUUGGCCAUCAGUUUGGAAGUGACUUUCAGCUGGUAUUGUGAGUAGAGGCAAAAGACUUACGAAUUUAUGCCAAGUUUGGAGUGUUUUAUUCAAUAUUUGAAUGCAGUGUUGAUGUGAUGGAAUUUAAAUAGGUCUGUUGGGAAACUUCCCUUUUAUUAGUUAGAUGUUUUGGGUGGAGUGAGAAGGUUUUUCUGAUUAAGAUCAAAUAAUGAAAUUAUUUCUUUUGUUUUUUGUUUCAUUUCUGUUGCUAUUGGGAGGGAGAGGGUAUUGUGUGUCUUAAGCCAAAAAAUAAAAGUUUAAAAGUCACAUUGCAAAGAGGAUAAUUUCCCCAAUAGCAGGUUCUUAUUGCUAUUGCUAUUGGAAUUUAUAUUCGUAUAUGUCUGAAUGUGUAGGGUCAAUGAAUUAAUUAUGCCUCAAACGUGUUCCGGAAAGUUUAGCAAAGUUGGUAGCAUCACUGUGAUCUGUUUUAAAUAUUGGGCCUUGUUCUUAAAAUCUUAAUCAUUUAACUACAAAAUAAGACUAUGGCAGUGCAGCUUAAGGGUCCUGGCUGCUUAUAUUGCAUUUCAAAUAAGUCAAGAAGUAAAAGUCAUUGUAAUUUUGCAGAGAUUAGGAAAAGCAGCUAGUAAUUGAGGCCAUAUGCAACAUAUAACACAUCUCAAGUAAUCCGUUUUAAUGGUCAAGUUGAACAUUAGAGCUUGAUACCCAAUUUCAUAAGAAAUGAAUUUCCAUGAAAAUAUGCUGUAGGCCUACUGAUCUCUGAGACAUUGUCUCAAAUGCUCAUCCUGUUGUAGUCCUCUCAGGAUGCAUGACCACGCCAGUUGUGUGUCACAUGUCUGAUAAUCAAGUUGUGAUGCAAAGACCCUACCGUAGUCACAGGUCAUCUUCUGUAGUCACACCUGCUGCUUCAACAUCUAGAGCCAUGGAGGGCUCCCUGAAGUGACCUGGCUGGAGUAGUCACUUAUUGUAAUAUCACAUUUCCCCGCACACGUCUGCCUCAUGUCUCUGGUUAAAAACUUACACAAUCUCCACACCUCUUAAAAUGUGAAAAGCCUUGUAACAACUUGUUUUCAUUUAGAUCAUAAUGAAUGAAAUAAUAAUAAUAAUAAUAAAAACAUUUGGAUUCA